GUCUAAUGAUAUUCUAUGUACAAUUCUUCCUGUGGUCACCAGGACAGAGCUAGUCCGUCCCCUUCCAACCUGCCGGAGUCCCCUGGUCACAACUCUCCUGGUAGCGCCUUACUGCUGGAUCUGAAGAGGGUGUCUGUGUGGCUGGUCGACUGCAGGAAAACACCAGGGCAGAGUGGAAUUGUGAGAGAAGGACACGAGGAGGGAGAUGAAGAUUUGAUUUCAUCAAGGGACAGCACUAACCAUUCUCUCAGUUGGAGGGGCUUGUCAUCUGCAGACCCUCAACAACAUUGUGUUGCUGACGAGACAGAGAAGUGUCUCUAUAGACCAGAGCACCCCAAGAAACACCAGCAGAGAUGUAUAGGGAAGAAACCUCAACACUGCUGCUCUGACUGUGGGAAGAGUUUCACUAGCAGGAGUGAUUUCAUUAUUCACCAGUGGAUUCACACCCGGGAGAAACUGUACUGCUGCUCUCAGUGCGGGAAGAGUUUCACUGCUUCUAACGUCUUCCAAUCUCAUCUGCAAAUUCAUGCAGGGGAGAGGCCUUACCCCUGCCUUGAUGGUGGAAAGAGCUUCAAUCAGUCAAGCAACCUGACUACACACCAGCUAACACAAACUGGAGUGAAGCCUUUUAUCUGUGAUCAGUGUGGAAAGAGCUUUGCGGUGGCUUCCACCCUGAGUAGACACCAGGUUACACACACUGGAGAGAAGCCUUAUAGCUGUGAACAGUGUGGGAAAAGCUUUGCUGUAGUUUCCUCCCUGAUUAGACACCAUCGAACACACACUGGAGAGAAGCCUUAUAGCUGUUAUCAGUGUGGAAAGAGCUUUGCUGUAUCAGAAAAACUAACUAUACACCAGCGAACACACACAGGAGAGAAGCCUUAUAGCUGUGAUCAGUGUGGGAAGAGCUUUGCUGUAGUUUCCUCCCUGAUUAGACACCAUCGAACACACACUGGAGAGAAGCCUUAUAGCUGUUAUCAGUGUGGAAAGAGCUUUGCUCUAUCAGAAAAACUAACUAUACACCAGCGAACACACACAGGAGAGAAGCCUUAUAGCUGUGAUCAGUGUGGGAAGAGCUUUGCUGUAGCUUCCACCCUGAAUAGACACCAGCUAACACACAGUGGAGAGAAGCCUUAUAGCUGUGAUCAGUGUGGGAAGAGCUUUGCUGUAGUCUCCUCCCUGAUUAGACACCAUCAAACACACACUGGAGAGAAAACUUAUGUCUGUCUAUGUGGGAAGAGCUUUGCUCUAGCUUCCACCCUGACUACACACCAGCGAACACACACUGGAGAGAAGCCCUAUAGCUGUUAUCAGUGUGGCAAGAGCUUCAGUCAAUCAGUACACCUGAAUACACACCAGCGAACACACACAGGAGAGAAACCUUACAGAUGUGACCAUUGUGGAAAGAGCUUCAGUCAAUCAGUACACCUGAAUACACACCAGCGAACACACACCGGAGAGAAGCCUUACAGCUGUGAUCAUUGUGGAAAGAGCUUCAGUCAAUCAUUAAACCUGAAAACACACCAGCUAACACACACUGGAGAGAAACAUUAGAUAGACAUACAGUACCAGUCAAAAGUUUGGACACACCUACACAUUCCAGGGUUUUCAUUUUUUGUAUUUUCUACAUUGUAGAAUAAUAGU